AUGAUCAUGGCCGAGUCUUCUGAUCUUUUCAAAAAAUUAAAGAGAGAAAUUGAUGAAUGGAAGGAAUCAUUUGCAGAUAUUUACUUUAGCAUUGAUGAUCCUUGGGUGAGAAGAUUUGCUUUUAAUUGUGAUGAAAAUGGCGACUUGGUGGUAACUUGUCAAGUUGAUCUAGACUAUUCCGAGUCCUAUCAAACACAUCUAUCAUUAGUAAUUCCCAAAUCAUAUCCGAAGGGAGAAUAUACUUGUAUGGCUGGCUCUGAUUUUCAUGAAUUGAGAGGAGAGAAUGUUGAAGAUGUCCUCACUCAAGUGUUCUCACUCAUGAAAGAGAAGAGAGACAAGUUUCUUGAAGAAAUUCCUACUCCUGGAACUGCAAAUUCUCAUGGCCAUGGAGAUCAUGUAUUUGGAGAUGAAGAAGAGCCUCACUCUGCUGUGGAUGACCAUGAUACACUCUUCAUUGAUGACGAUGACGAUGAAAAGAGAAAGAGAUUUGAUUCUAUUGAGAAAGAUUUGGAGAGAGUCCGAAAAACAAAAGGUUGGCUCGGAUGUAGAGGUGCAUCAGGAAUGGAUCAAAUCAAAGUAUAUCUUUUCACAGAUCCAAAGCGUUUGAACAUCUCGGAAUUGGUGAGUGAGGCCUGGGGUUUGUCACUUUCCAAAUGGAUUUGUGUUUCUAUUACAUUUUCAAAUUACUACACCGAAUCUACAACGAAACCUCAAGUCGAGGCAUUCCAAUGCGGUGAAACAUCUCUCAGAGAUCCACAGGCACUCAUCGACAAUGGAAAAGUCAAAUUCGGGCUGUAUUGGACUGUACAACAACGUUUGGAGAGAGAUUUCUUUGCCAAGUAUUGGCCAAUUGAACUUUACAGAGACACCUUGGAAAAAAAGAAUGGAAAAAAUUAUAUGGAAUAUUUGUUAGACUAUACCGAGCAAGUAAUCAAAAACAGUCCAUCAAAAUGCUUGAUAUGUGGAGGCAAUCUUCCUUUUGAAGGCAUCAAGCCAAUGUGUUGCGAAAACCAACUUUGUAUCUUCUCACAUGAACAAUACGGAUUGGGUGUCGACUUGGAAUCAGCAAUUAAGAAAAUACCUGACAUUGUUGAUUUAUUUAUUAGUAUGUGCCAUGCAGCAUCUUCAUCAUACAUCUCCAAUAGAGGUUUCAAUCCAUUCCAGCCAUUCCCAAUGGGUUUAGAAAUUAAAAUCAGAGACAAGACAACGGAUAAGGUUACAACCUACAACUUUUUAACGAGCGACGGAAAAGAAGAUAAUGCCAAAGUUCGAGAAGUUCUUGAGAAAGUGCCUUCAGUUAAGGUAUUGGAUGAAUGGGUUGACGAGGGUAAACUUAAAGAUCGAUGUGAUGAGAAACAUCCGCUGCUGUAUCCGCUUCUACGUUGGAUUUUAGCCAGUGCUCGUGUGCACUUGAAGAAAUUGUCAUCAAAGGAGCAGAUUAGUGAAAUGAAAACAGAACAUCAAUACAUUAUGAUGAGCUCAACUCCUGAUAAGGAACGCAGGUUCCAAGAAUUGAAGAAGAAGCACGGUUCGAUUUUAGCCUUCCAUGGCUCUGCAUUGGGCAAUUGGCACUCGAUCAUGCGUAAGGGUUUGCUGAACUUGAGUGGUACUGCCGGAAUGGUAAACGGUGCUGCAUAUGGAUCUGGUGUUUACUUGGCUGCCAAUGCGAGUGUUAGCUUUGGAUACAUGAGGUAUCAAUCAGGAUGGGGUAACUCCAUUACCUUCAAAUCCUCCCAAAUUGGUUGUUUGGCUUUGUGUGAAAUUAUUAAGGCUCCAGAACUUGUACAAAAAUAUGGAUCCAACAUGACACCAAAUCCAUAUUAUGUGAUUCCAAACGAGGAACAUUUGCAAACUCGUGCCUUCUUCAUCUACACCACAUCACAACACCACAGCGUUGAAGGUAGAGAUUUGAAGCUUCCAAAGAUUGAAUUCAACUAA